AUGGCAAAACCUAUACCAAAAGUUGGUUCACGUAGGAAUGGGCGCAGUAGUGCACGGAAAAGUGCACGUAGAAUACCAAAAGGAGUUAUUCAUGUUCAAGCAAGUUUCAACAAUACCAUUGUUACUGUUACAGAUGUACGGGGUCGGGUAAUCUCUUGGUCCUCCGCCGGCACUUGUGGAUUCAAGGGUACAAGAAGGGGGACCCCUUUUGCUGCUCAAACCGCAGCGGGAAAUGCUAUUCGAGCAGUAGUAGACCAAGGUAUGCAACGAGCGGAAGUUAUGAUAAAGGGUCCUGGUCUCGGAAGAGAUGCAGCAUUACGAGCUAUUCGUAGAAGUGGUAUACUAUUAAGUUUCGUACGGGAUGUAACCCCUAUGCCACAUAAUGGCUGUAGACCUCCUAAAAAAAGACGUGUGUAGAAAUAAACACUAAAGAGAUUUCAAGAGAAAUAAAUGAUUCAAUGAUCUGAUCAAAUAAAAUAAUAUUACUAUGGUUCGAGAGAAAGUAAAAGUCUCUACUUCGACUCGGACACGACAGUGGAAGUGUGUUGAAUCAAGAACAGAUAGUAAGCGCCUUUAUUAUGGACGCUUUAUUCUGUCUCCACUUAUGAAAGGCCAAGCCGACACAAUAGGCAUUGCGAUGCGAAGAGCUUUGCUUGGAGAACUAGAAGGAACAUGCAUUACACGUGCAAAAUCUGAGAAAAUACCCCACGAAUAUUCUACCAUAGUAGGUAUUCAAGAAUCAGUCCAUGAAAUUUUAAUGAAUUUGAAAGAAAUUGUAUUGAGAGGGAAUUUGUAUGGAACUCGUAACGCCUUUAUUUGUGCCAAGGGUCCCGGAUAUGUAACUGCUCAAGACAUCAUCUUACCACCUUCUGUGGAAAUCGUUGAUAAUACACAGCAUGUAGCCAGCCUAACCGAACCAAUUGAUUUGUGUAUUGGAUUACAAAUCGAGAGAAAUAGAGGAUACGGUAUAAAAACGCCAAAGAACUUUCACGACGGAAGUUAUCCUAUAGAUGCUGUAUUCAUGCCUGUUCGAAAUGCGAAUCAUAGUAUUCAUUGUUAUGGGAAUGAUAAUGAAAAACAGGAGA